AUAUAUCUGAUUCUUUUUCCCUAUCCACAUCAAACACUUCCAUUCUUCUUCUUCCUCAUUGAUAAAGCAUUGAACCAGAAUAUGGUAGCCUAUGCUGCCGCGCACUUGCACGGUCCAACGACAUUGCAGAAAAUCAACAACUCCAAGUUGCAGGUGAGGUUCUGUAAUGGAGAAUUCAUGGGGAGGAAGCUUACAUUGCAAGUACAGAGGAAGCAAGAUGUUGAUUACAUUCCAAAUCUCAAAAGGAAAGUUUGUAACUCGUCUCUUAUUGCCAAUAUAGCGGUUGAAUCCAAGUUGAGGGGAUUGAACAUGGAAAAACGUGAUCCGAGGACGGUGGUGGCGAUUAUACUGGGAGGUGGAGCGGGUACUCGUUUGUUUCCGCUCACUAAGCAAAGAGCAAAACCGGCGGUUCCAAUCGGCGGAGCUUAUAGGCUGAUUGAUGUGCCGAUGAGCAAUUGCAUUAACAGUGGAAUCAACAAAGUUUAUAUUCUCACACAGUUUAACUCUGCAUCACUUAAUAGGCAUCUCGCUCGCGCAUAUAAUUUUAGUAGUGGAGUCACCUUGGGAGACGGUUACGUUGAGGUUCUCGCGGCGACUCAAACUCCGGGAGAGGCCGGGAAGCGGUGGUUUCAAGGAACUGCUGAUGCAGUACGACAAUUCCAUUGGCUUUUUGAGGAUGCAAGAAGCAAAGAAAUUGAAGAUGUGUUGAUUCUUUCUGGGGAUCACCUCUACCGAAUGGACUACAUGGAUUUCGUUCAAAAUCAUCGGCAGAGUGGUGCGGACAUCACUCUUUCUUGUAUUCCAAUCGAUGACAGUCGAGCUUCAGAUUUUGGGCUAAUGAAGAUCGACAGUAGCGGAAGAGUUCUUUCAUUCAGUGAAAAACCUAGAGGGAAAGACCUGAAGGCAAUGGAAGUGGACACAACAAUUUUAGGAUUGUCAAAGGAUGAGGCACUGAGAAAGCCAUACAUAGCUUCUAUGGGAGUGUAUGUCUUUAAAAAGGAGAUACUUCUAAACAUUUUAAGAUGGCGCUUCCCAACCGCGAAUGACUUUGGAUCAGAGAUAAUCCCUUUCUCAGCAAGAGAAUUCUUGAUGAAGGCAUAUCUAUUUAAUGAUUAUUGGGAAGACAUAGGGACUAUUAGAUCCUUCUUUCAGGCAAACCUUGCGCUGACUGAGCAGCCACCAAGAUUUAGUUUCUAUGACGAAACAAAGCCAAUCUACACUUCAAGAAGAAACCUACCUCCAACAAAGAUUGACAAUUCCAAGAUUGUCGAUUCAAUCAUAUCUCAUGGAUGUUUCUUGACUAACAGUUUCAUAGAGCACAGUGUUGUUGGUAUCCGAUCUCGCAUAAACUCUAAUGUGCACCUCAAGGACACAGUAAUGCUUGGAGCUGACUUCUAUGAGACAGAUGGAGAAGUUGCUGCACUUUUAGCUGAGGGAAGAGUACCAAUUGGAAUUGGAGAAAAUACAAAAAUCAAGGACUGCAUCAUUGACAAAAAUGCCAGAAUAGGGAAGAAUGUUGUUAUUGCUAAUUCAGAGGGUGUUCAAGAGGCAGAUAGGUCCUCAGAAGGCUUUUACAUACGCUCUGGUAUUACCAUUAUACUAAAAAAUUCAGUUAUUAAAGAUGGCUUUGUCAUAUAGAAAUUCUUCUUUUCCUUUUUUUUUCUUUUGGGCUGAAAACUACUUUUCAUAAAUACCAUGCUGGCGGAGGGGGCAUUUUCCAUAUGUAAAUGUAACAUUAAUGCCAUUUCAUCCAUGUCACUCACACUUGCAUUUUAUUAAGAAUAGGAAGUCUUCUACUUUUGUGAUGGUUUUGGAAUUUGCCACCAAAUGAAAUUCCCGUUUUUUCUUUUA